AUGCGUUUCAUUUCACCAAACUCUACUUCUCCAGCCAGUGACUCUGAUAAAAAAGGUCAAAAACAUGGCAUGUUUCGUCGUGCAAAUUCUGGUUCUGCUUUAAUAGAAUCAAAACAAAAGAAAAAAUCUUGGAGAUCUCAUCAUUCUUUAAAUCCUUCAACAAAGAAUGAUUCAAGAGGCGCUGGCGCUUUAUACUUGGAUACGGAUGUUGAUAACGAUAAUAGCGAUCCACAAUUUACUCGUUCACCAGCUGAAGGUUUUCUAAAUGUUCCUGGAUUAGAUAAAUCUUCUUCACUACCCCACGAAACUAUUUCAAAAGAUAUUCCUCCACAAUCUCCGACUACUCGUUACAAUGAAGCUGAUGAAUUCAUUCAGAAAGCUAUACAGUAUCAUGAAGCUAAUGAAUUAGAAAAGGCUACUUAUUAUUUUAAAUUGGCCGCUGAAAAAGAUACCGCUGAAUCUGCUGUUACUGAUCUUCAUGCUUCAAUGGCUGCAAAUCCAAGUUUCGCCCGCCAUGAAUUAGUAUUAGCAAUUUAUGAGCUUGGUAUAUGUUUCCGUCAUGGCUGGGGUGUACCAAAAAAUAAAAAAACUGCUGCAUAUUAUUUUGAAAUAGCAGCAAAUCUUGGUGACCCUGAUGCACAAAAUGAACUAGGAUUUUGUUUUGAACGUGGAGAAGGUGUCAAAAGGGAUUUGAAAAAAUCUGCUAAAUAUUUUCGAAUGGCGGCUUCACAAGGUGCUGGGAUAUUGGGAAAUUCGUGGAUAUAUAAGAAAAAAUAUGACGAAGACGAAAAUUAA